UUGCGCAAAGUGUCGGAUCGCAAAAAAUCUUUAAAAAAAAUAAUUUCGCCGGUUUCGACUUUCUUCGCGAAAAAAAAGUUAAUUUAAUAGAACGUCAUUCGUGAUUUGAUGAGCGAUCAAUUCAGUCGCAUCUAUUCAGUGAUAAGGAGGAAUUACGCGAAAAAUGUCUGAAGACGAUGCCGAACGGAACAACAACAAAGAUCCAGAAGCGAAAAUUAACGCUGCGAUAAAAUCGAGGACGGUCGAUGCUCAGGAAACUCGAGGACGAUGCAAAAGGAAUUGCGGCCUAUCAACGUUAGUCAUUUUGAUUUUUUUCAAUAUUAUCUGCGGAAUUUUCCUCUUGCGCGUGUCCUUGUACGAGAUUCUCAUGGCAGACCGGAUGUUGAUGCGGCCCGGCAUGCCAGCGUAUGAAUUUUGGAAGAACCCCGAGCCGGAAGUGAUCGUGAAGAUGCAUGUUUUUAACAUUACCAAUGCGGAGGAUUUUCUUGCGGAACGGGAUUCGAAGAUAAAGUUGGCAGAAGUCGGUCCAGUGGUUUAUCAGGAGAUUUUGAAACACACGGAUGUGGUUUUUAAUGAAAAUUCAACGUUGUCGUAUAAAGCAACAAAGACCUUGGUUUACAGGGAGGACUUGAAUGAGCCCGGGAUAUUGAAUGAAACGAUAAUUGUUCCAAAUAUGGCCACUUUGGGAAUCGCCUCAUACCUCAAUGACGCUGGAUAUUUCGUAAAUUUGGCGGCAAAAUCACUCAUGUACAAAUACGACGAAGAGCCUUUGCGUAAAAUGACGGUCUACGAUUACCUCUGGAAUUACAAAAGUGACGUCUUAUCCACUGCAAAAAUAUUUGGAGGAUCCGUUUUAGUCCCCGUAGAAAAUAUGGGAGUGCUUUACAAUAUUUACAAAAACUGGUCCGAUCACUUGAACGUGAAAAUGGGUCCCAAAUACCCCAGCAGUGAAUUUUUCCAUCUUCUUUCUUAUAAUUACCGUACCACAGUGCCUGGAUUCAAGCUCGAACAUGGGGAUUGUAACGCUACGAUCCUCGAAGCCACCGAAGGAGCAAUUUAUCCGCAACGUUUGACCAAAAAUUCGACACUUUUCUACUGGCGGAAGACUUUGUGUCGUCCUGCGACGCUGUUUUUCGAGGAAGAAGUGCAAAAAGGACCUCUGUUAGGGUAUAAAUAUGUACUGCGGAAUGACGUUUACGAUCAUCCUGACGACAAAGAAGACUGUUAUCGCGGGAAAAAUCUCCCCGAUGGGCUGAGUGACUUACAAAAGUGCUUUCAUAAUUUCCCAGUUGCGGCAUCAAAACCACAUUUUUACGGCAGAAACGGAUCGUGGAUGGAGAAAUUGAGUGGUUUAUCGCCGAAACGAGAGCUGCACGACAGCUAUGUCAUCGUUGAACCACAAAUGGGAACUCCCAUCGAUCAAGUUGCCAGAUCUCAAAGUAAUUUAAUCAUCAAACAGCUAAGUGUGGCAUAUCCACUUAAAAUGAGGCUCUUCUCCGACACAAUUCUUCCAAUGUUUUGGGUAGAAAUCCACCAGCCGGACCUUACGCCAUUAAUUAAGAAUGUGAUCAACUUCACAAUUAACAUUUUGCCAAAGUACGAAGGGUUUUUGGGUCCAAUUUGUCUCGUAAGUGCCCUCGUAUUCACAAUUAUUUUAAUAAAAUGCGUCAAAAGUGAUAAAAACUCGGGAAAAAAGAUAAAAUUAAAAAAGGGAUCAAUUUAAAUUAAGUAGGGGAAAGUGUCAAGUAGUGCCAAAAGUAGAUUAAUUUUUUAUUUUUAUGAUUUUUUAGUAAAAUUUAAGGGUUAUUAUUAAA